AUGGAGUCGCCCACUAACUUAUCCUUCAGCUUUAUCCACGUCGCCGGCUGGUCACAGCAUUUUCCUUCCUCAGCCCGAUCUCUCAGCCAUCUGCGGUCAAUAUCAACAACGCCCGGAUCUGUCGACGAUUCGUCGUCAUCAUACAGGCCUCGCCCACCGCCUAAAUCACCCUCAGUUUCGCAGCUGCCCAUCAUCUCACUCGCGUCAAAAGCUUCAUCCUACUUCUCCAGCAGCGAGAUGAGCACCCUACCCGAUCCCCGAAUGCGAACCGCCAGCUCGUCCAUCAACGGAGCCAGGCCUUCGACUUCCCACUUGGGCAUCGGUCACGACAACGACGAUAGCUUCUCCACUACCUCCCAGCAUCCCGGCCUCAGCGACGAAGUUGCCACGCUCAGCACGAAACUCAUCCACGCCAUCAACCAUUCAACUACGCUUGAUGACACAUUAUCAGCAACCCGCCAUGAUCUGGACACUGCCCACGGGCGCAUUCGCGAACUGGAGGCUCAGGUGGCCUCUCAGCGCGAAAUGAUGGCCGGGGAUGUCUGGAUUCGCAAAACUACGUUGGAGAGUGAACGCAGGGACUGGCUUGCCGAGAAGAAAGUCCUCCAACAGAAGCUUUCUGAAGAGACCAAGGGCCGGUUAGAUACAGAAAAGGAGAAGCGAAAGAUUGAGCAAGAGCUAGAAAACCUCACAACAGCCCUUUUCGAAGAGGCAAACAAAAUGGUCAUUACCGUCAAGGAAGACGCUCAAUUUCAGCAAAACAUGCUACAGAAGAAGAACGACCAGCUCAAGUCUCAGCUCACCGAUUCCGAGAGCCUUCUAAAGUCGCAACAGGAGCAGCUAUCUGAGCUGAAGCAGGUCAUGGAGGCCAUGAUGAUGGAACGUGACGACCAGACCAACAACACGACGCCCUCCACUCCCGGCUUCGAGUCCAAGGACGAAGACCACAUGAUCCCCGACAAACCGACACCAUCUCCUGCUAGACACUCUACUGAUGUUCAACAUUCACCGGCCCCUCCGACCAGCUACAUCCAUCUGAUUCAGCCAGUCAUGCGAACCGAUCUCGCCGCAUAUGAAGACUUCGUUGCACUUGCUCACCUUACUCGUCCGCGUCCGGGAAACCGCACUUCUGGUGGCUCUGUUGGCGGCCUCAUUGGACUUGGCGGCUCGACUUCUAGCGUGCAUGUUUCCAACGGGUCUACCUCAUCAUUGGGUGGCUUUUCAAGCAACAACAAUAGCACCCCGCAAUCUCCCAAUGCGAAUAACUCGACGAAUACAACGAUCCCUCAUCUCAAGGAAACCCGCUUCUACAAGCGCACCUUGACCGAAGAUAUCGAGCCAACACUGCGCCUCGAUGCCGCACCGGGACUGUCAUGGCUAGCCCGUCGUACUGUCCUGGCCGCCGUGGCCGAUGGUUCGCUGGUAGUAGAGCCUAUCCCAGUGCCGUCAACGACAUCAAGCUUCCUUCCUGUUCCCAAACCACAGUUUUACCCUUGUGCGCUAUGCGGCGAGUCUCGCAAGGAUGCAGAGCACCUGCGCAACUACCGUUUCCGGGUGAGCGAAGCUGAUUCUGCUCAACGGUAUCCUCUUUGCAGCUACUGCACCGUUCGUGUACGAUCCACCUGCCAGUUUCUGGGAUUCCUUCGCAUGAUCAAGGAUGGACAUUGGCGAGCUGAUGACGAGGAGAACGAGAGGGCGGCGUGGGAAGAAAGCGUGCGUUUGAGAGAGCAGAUGUUCUGGUCACGCCUUGGAGGCGGCGUUGUCCCGGUCCCCCACGGAGAGGUACAUGUAGAAGCAUCUCAUAGCCGUCAUCCAAGCAUGGCUCAGAUUAUCGACACUCCCGCCAAGGUGCCAACGGAGAUUGAUGCUCUCCAGGAGAUUGAUGCUCCCAAGGAGGUUGAUGCUUCCAAGGAGGCUGAUGCUCCCAAGAAGACCGAUGAGCCCAAGGAGAUUGAUGAGCCCGAGGAGGUUGAUGAGUCCAAGGAGAUUGAUGAUGCUCCAGAGGAAGUUGAUGCAUCUACCGAAAAGGGUGUGCCAAUGGAUGGCGGAGUGCCUUUAGAAAAGGAAGAGGACGCAUCAGUUGCCGAUACGAGCUUCGAUACAGCUCCUCCUUCCGAGGUCGAUGACGAUGGCAGCGAAUUCGAGCCGGUUGGCCGUGAGUCUACCGACGAGCCUCACACGCCCCAGGACCAGGAGGACGGAACCAAACCGCUCCGCUACUCGGUGCAAUCCUUGACUCUGGAGACUAUGAGCAGCUCGGGGUCUGAGGCUACCAAGCGUCUUUCUACGACCACCAUCAUCGAGAACUAG